CUCAGCUUUAUCGGUUGGGAUGGCAAUUCGAACGGCGUGGCACAUGGCCGUGCCGCCGCAUCUUCGAUGGAGCAGUGUCUCCAUGGUACAACGAAGAUGCUUCGGCAAUGCAGCCCCAUUGAAUGCAUGGAAUUUUCCAUGUCCCAUAUGCGGGCAAAUGAAACUUGGCCAUGUUCUGACAUGCUCGCCUGCUUGCGAAACGAAAUUAGCUACCGAUCACUCCGACACGCACGACCUCCUUCUCUCGCUUAGACACGACUUGGAGUGCGCAAGGUCUCCAAGCGUCCGUCAUCUCUUUCGCACCCUCGAAGCGCUAUCCCUGUCGACAUCCACGGCCUCCUGGAGCGAUCUGCUUGCCGAUGCCGGUGCGUCUUCAAGUCUACGUGACGAUCCUGCCGUCACACGGUUGGUUUCCGCUACCUUCUCGUUCGUCAUGACACUUCGCCACUUUCUACCUGCACUGCUUCCUGAUGUCGCGUCCAUGGAAAAGGCCCAUCGCGUUUAUAUUCUCGGCGCUCGUGCCGAAGCGACCAUGCCACGCCAUCUCUGGUCGAUGCUGAGCCCUUGGCGCCUCGACAUCUCACUGAUUGGGAACCAUGUACCCGUGCUUCCGAGCAAGCCGCAUGCUCCAUCGUCCUUUACUUUGUCAUUCCACAAUGGCCUUUUCCAUGACCUGAAUUUGCCUUCCCCCGAUGCAUUUGUGCUCUUCAACCCUGGCCUCGGCCAUCCCGCGCUGCAAUCGCUGUGGCAGCCAACGCUCAUACGAAUGCUAGACUCGAAGAAACCGCUUCUCCUCACGUCGUUCUGCGAAGAAGAUUUGCAUCGAGACAUCUGCGCGAUUGAGGGUGUACGCGGCGCGGGUGGACCACGCCUGGACAUCUCGGAGAAUCCGUUUGGAAGCACCAAGGCGACGGUCGACCCGCUGAACUUGCUCGCGCGACCCGUCCAUUCGAAUCGAUUCGUGUGUGUCGUGCAUUAAUCAAGGCGCACUAAUCGUCAUGCCUGUCGCGUUUCCGGCUCUUCUUGG